AACAAUUACAUAAAAACAAAAUCUGCAGAGGUCUUCCUUCCUCCUUCCUCCUUCCGCCCUUCACAAGUUGUGGUGUAGUGCUCAUCCAAUUCUCUUCUUAAUUAAUUACACUCCAUUUUUUUAAUAUAUAUAUAUAUAUAUACAUACCAGCACCAUUGGAUCGGAUUUUCUGCAGAUUUUCUACCGACAUCUUCUUCGAUUGAUUCCUGUUUCUGCUGGAUUCUAUUGAUUGAAGCUGAAUUCCAUUCUCAUCCUGUAUAUAUAUAUAUAUAUAUAUAGAGAGAGAGAGAGAGAGAGAGGAAAGUGUAUAAAUAUAUAUUGGUAAUUAAGUGUAAUUAGGGUUUGCUUAAUCAGAUUGGAAUGCUGGCCGUGUCGCCAUUGAGGAACUCAAGCAAUGCGAGGGAGAGAGAUAUGGAGAGUUUCUCGACGGACGGAAAUGAAUUCCCAGACUUCUCUGGAGGGAAUCUUCUCGACAGCAUCGAUUUCGACGACAUCUUCAUCGGAAUCAGUGACGGCGAUGUGCUCCCCGAUUUGGAGAUGGAUCCCGAAAUCCUCACCUUCUCCCCCCUCAGAGACGACGAUUCCAAUUACGCCGCCGUGAAAUUGGAGGGCGUUAAUCUCCACGCCGCCGCCUCUCUUUCGGAUCUCGGGUCGGGCCCCGACAAGACGGCGCCGGAGGCCCAAGAAACUGCUCUCAGCAAAACGAAAGAUGAAGCCUCAACCCUUAACAGUUCUCAAUCUCCGGUGAAAUCCGACAAGGCAAGAAAAUCGACGGCGGCGGCGACCGCUAAAAACCCGCCGGGAAAGAGGAAAGUUAAGGUGGACUGGACGCCGGAGCUCCACCGGCGGUUCGUGCAAGCGGUGGAGCAACUUGGCGUCGAUAAAGCAGUCCCAUCAAGAAUUCUUGAGCUGAUGGGAAUCGAUUGUCUCACUCGCCAUAACAUCGCAAGUCAUCUGCAAAAGUACCGUUCCCAUAGAAAGCAUCUGCAGGCGCGGGAAGCCGAGGCGGCGAAUUGGGGCCACCGGCGGCAUACGUACGGUGGCAGCGGCUGCGGCGGCGGCGGAGGAAAGAGAGAGCAUAUGAACCCUUGGAUUGCUCCCACGAUGGGGUUUCCUCCACCCGUGACACCCAUGCCUCAUUUCAGACCCUUACACGUGUGGGGCCACCCUUCACUCGACCACUCACUCAUGCACAUGUGGCCUAAACAUCAAACCCCUCCUCCACCACCACCGCCGGUGGCGGCGCCCCACCCGCCAUGGCCAUCACCGCCCACGGCUGACCCUUCCUUCUGGAUUCCCCACCACCAACAUGUCCCAAUGGCGGGCACGCCUUGCUUCCCACCGCACCUAACGCCUACGAGGUAUCCGGCUCCACCGGUCCACGGCAUCCCUCCUCCGGCGACAAUGAUCAAAGUCGAGCCGGGCAUUGGCUUCCCCACCGGACAAGCACUGCCCCGACCUCCCUUAGAUGUUCACCCGUCAAAGGAGAGUGUAGAUGCUGCCAUUGGAGAUGCUUUGUCGAAGCCAUGGCUGCCUCUGCCACUUGGGCUUAAGCCUCCGUCGGUUGACGGCGUUAUGAUCGAACUUCAACGGCAAGGUGUACCGAAUGUGCCCCCGAGUUGUGGCUAGCUAGCUGAAUUCGGGUGUUCUUGAUCGAUCCGAAUAACAGACAAGAAAGAAACCUAAUUCGACGACAUUUCUGGCCCGGCCCGAGUUUGAAUCACGAAUAUUCUAAUGUGAAACUUGCUUCUUUUAUAUGGUGUUAUGUGUGUGGUGUAGUUGUUGUCUCUAUCGAUCUUCUUGGGUGCAAGAAGAAAGUGUACGAUGUUGGACAUGUGGGCAUUGGUUUUGUAUUGUAGAUUAUUAUUACUAAUAUAGAGUACUCCGCGGCACAUGCACUUGGGAAUGA